AUGGACGUUUCUGAUGUAUCUCAUAUCGAAUUUGUAUCUGUGGCUUCUUUAGAUUCCAAUAAAAAACCACUACUCUACAUCGAUUUACACAUGAACGAAUACCCGGCAGAACCCCUAAAAACCCUUAUAGAUUCUGGAGCAACCUCCAACUUUAUCUCCCCAAAGAUUGUGGAAAAAUUAAAAAUCCCAAAAACCCUGCUCAAAAAUCCACGAGUAGUGAGAAUGUUAGACGGUACCAUUUCCCAGACUGGUCGCAUUUGGCACCAGGUUCAUCUCACGGUUUCGGCCAAUGGCCACCCCCACUCUAUCCCUUUUCUAGUCUGCCCCAUUGGGAACACACCUGCCAUACUUGGUAUGACAUGGCUCACUCAGGAGUCUCCCCUCAUUGACUGGACCCUAGGCACGGUUACCUUUCCUGACCAAGUACAAAUCGCCUCAGAAGAAGAAGCAGACCCGGACCCCUUAGCAGAUCUUCCCCCUCAGUACCACGAGUUUGCUAAAGUGUUCGGCGAAGAAGAGUUUAAGGUCCUCCCUCCACAUAGGGAGUAUGACAUUUCAAUAGACCUCACUCCAGACGCCAAACUUACGCCAGGUCCAAUCUAUGGCAUGACCGACGCAGAAUCAAAAGCAUUAAAGCAACACAUUGAUGAGGAAUUGGCAACGGGCAAGAUUCGCCCUAGCACUUCCUCAGCUGGUGCUCCGGUCAUGUUUGUAAAGAAGGCUGAUGGUUUGCUCCGACUAGUUGUGGAUUACAGGAAACUGAAUGACGUAACCCAUAAGAACGUGUAUCCGUUACCAAGACAGGACGAUCUAAUGGCAAAACUUAGGCACGCUAAAAUCUUCACAAAACUUGACCUACGCUGGGGUUACAACAAUGUCCGGAUCAAGGAAGGAGAUGAAUGGAAGACGGCUUUCAGGACCAAGUACGGGCUAUUUGAAUACCUAGUAAUGCCCUUCGGUCUUACCAAUGCCCCGGCCGCCUUCCAACAUUUUAUGAACGACCUGUUCCGAGACCUCAUGGACGUUACAGUGGUUAUUUAUUUGGACGAUAUCUUAAUCUUCUCAGAAGACCCCAAGGACCACCCAACCCAUGUCAGGGAGGUCUUAUCACGUCUGAUGAAGAAUCAACUAUUCUGUAAACUCUCCAAGUGCCACUUCCACGUCACCACAGUGGACUAUCUGGGUAUUGUCAUCUCCCCGUCAGGCUUUUCCAUGGAUCAAAAGAAGAUUGAUGCGGUCACGUCAUGGCCUACCCCUAAAACAGUUAAACAGGUCCAGGCAUUCCUUGGCUUUGUCAAUUACCUUCGCCGCUUCAUUCCCAAUUUCAGCUCCAUUGCACGCCCUCUCCAUAAUCUCACCAAGAAGGAAACCCCCUGGUCAUGGGGUAACCUAGAGGAAUUGGCAUUUCAGGAAUUGAAGCUCCUUGUCACCCAGGCACCGGUCCUCAUCCAUUCCAAUCCAGACCUACCCUACUAUUUGGAAACGGAUGCGUCAGGAGUAGCCAUGGGAGCAAUCCUUAGUCAGCGGGGAGAAGAUAACCGCCUACACCCAGUGGCGUACAUGUCUAAAUCCUUCUCCGGCGCUGAGGCAAAUUAUGACACCCAUGAUAAGGAACUCCUAGCCAUAAUCAAGGCGCUAGAGGAAUGGCGAAUCUUCUUAGAAGCAACAGAGAGACCAAUCCAGGUGUUCACAGAUCAUAGGAACCUGGAGUAUUGGAUGCAGGCACGGACGUUCAACAGAAGGCACGCGCGUUGGCGGAUCUUCCUGAGUGACUUCAACUUUGAAAUACACUAUCGCCCAGGAAAACAGUCAGGAAAGCCAGACGCCCUGUCCAGAAGGUCGGACUACACGGACCAUCCUCAGGAACCCGAGAUCAUGCUACCAGCAGAAGUCUUUGCUAAUACGUCGGAAGAGGAAGUUGAAAUUGUCACGGAAAUACGCGCCAAGCUCAGAGAAGAUCCAUCACUUGAGCCAAUUAUCACAUUCCUGACAGAAGACGCAGACAACGCGCCUCCCUCCAUUCGAAAAGCCUAUAGAGACUAUGAUUGGGAAGAAGACCUGCUAUGGUACCGCGGAAAACUGGUGGUCCCAGACUCAGAAGCCCUCAAAGAACGUUUAUUGAGGGAAUUCCAUGACUCUCCACUGGCAGGACAUCCAGGCCAACAAAGGAUGCUCGAACUGAUCAGCAGAAGCUACUGGUGGCCCGGAAUGAAAUCAUCCGCCAAAGAAUGGGUAGAAUGUUGCCCAACUUGCCAAGCCAACCGACGAGCCCACGCCCCGGUCAUUGCCCUGAAACCUCUGGAAGUGCCCCCCUAUCCGUUCCACACCAUUUCCUACGAUUUCAUUACGGGAUUCCCAAAAUCAAACGGCCAUGACGCGAUCUUGGUAGUCAUUGACUCCUUCUCCAAAUUUGGACAUUUCAUCCCAACGUCCAAGAAGGUUACAUCAAAAGGCCUAGCGGACCUGUUCAUCUCACAUGUGUGGAAACUCCAUGGAUUGCCAGUCAAGACAAUAUCGGACAGAGGAACUACGUUUACUGGAAAGUUCUUAAGGGCACUUUACCAACGCCUUGGGGUCAAACCAGCCUUCUCCUUGGCUUACCACCCGGAAUCAGAUGGCCAAACAGAGAGGGUAAAUCAGUUCAUAGAAUUCUACCUCAGGUCGUAUGUUGCCGCCGAUCACUCGGACUGGACCACCUGGUUGCCUUUAGCGGAGUAUGCCUAUAAUAACGCUAAACACUCCGCCACUGGGAAAACCCCUUUUGAGUUGGUUUAUGGAAGAAACCCCGUCAUGAAUCCGUCCAACGUUCCCGCAAACGUCCCAGAAGCAGACCUUGUAGCCGAUACCUUAGCCCGGGAAUGGAAAGAAGCAGAGUCAGCGCUCCAAAUGACAAAGGAACGCAUGACCAGAACAACGGGAACAAUACCGGAGUACUCCAUAGGCGAGAGAGUUUGGCUAGAUGGAAAAAACAUAGAACUUAGGACAAAUUCCAAUAAGCUGGACCCUAAGCGACUUGGACCAUUCAAGGUUACAGAGAAAAUAUCCAGCCAUGCCUACCGCCUAGAACUCCCCGAAACCCUAAAAAUUCACGACGUGUUCUAUGUGGGACUACUAUCCAAAAGCCACGAAUCCCCAAGUCAACCUUUCCCAGAACGGCCUCCCCCUGAGACAAUAGAGGGAGAAGAAGAAUACGAGGUAGAACAAAUCAUUGACUCCAAAAGGCAACGGGGUAAAUGGUUUUACUUAAUUAAAUGGAAAGGAUAUGGGCCCAAAGACAACUCAUGGGAACCAGAGGAGCUACUUGAGCAUAGUCAGGAGGAAAUCCAACGCUUCAACAAGUCACGACUGAAAAAGGCUUGUGACUCCGCCAAGAGCCUUUAA